AUACAGCAUCCAUAUCAAACUUGCGCGGGCCGCACUAACAUUAAACUUUCAUAUCAAGGCGGGGGCCUCAAACUAGUGUCCUGCGGGCCACAUUUGGCCCACGGGCCGCGUGUUUGAGACCCCUGAUUUAGAAGAUGUUGUAAUGUAACAUCUGUGACAUUGUUUGUUCCUUUAGGAGGUGGAGCCUGGGAAGUGAGCGUUAGCAUGGUUAGCACUGUGGAGAGUGCCGGUGACUGGCCUGAACUGCGGCUGACAGCAGCUCCUGUGUGAAUUUCUGUGAUGCCUUCGCAGUAAAUGGUUUCAAAACAGCAGCAGGGGCAACCAAGGGUUCAGUGUCUUGCCCAAGGGUACCGUAAAACGGAGUUAUAAGAGGCAGCGGGGUAAUAAGGGACAAUUUUCGGGAAAAUAUUUUAAAUGUAAUUCUGCCUUUUCAUGUUAAACAGGAAGCUGCUUUGUGUUGUUUUUUUUUGUUUGUUUGUUUUUUUGUUGUUUUUAUAUGCUUGAGUGGUUCAAUCCCGAGUUCAAUCCCACCCUCGGCCAUCUCUGUGUGGUACCCUGUGAUUGGCAGGCCACCAGUCCAAGGUUGUACAAAAGACUCGACUUGUUAUACCCUGUUCUGUUCUGGUUUAUUUCAGGCUAACAUAUGUGCGGGUGUAGCUCGGAAUUACUACGCUGGUCGGGUACCUGAAUGUGUCACGGCAGCUGCUAGCUUGGGGAGUUGAUGUCACGGUAACUGUUUCGCUCCACACGGACUUCGAGGUUGAUGCUAUAUAUAACUGUAUGCGUCUAUAAACCGCCACCUUUGAACCUCGAAGAAGAGCUCACGGUGUCAUUUAUCAGCUGAGACGAGUUUCCGACCGGACCGCAGAUCAUUCUGGACCGCUUUGGUGACUCCUGCAAUCAUUUCAUCUCUAUCUUGACUUGACUUUAAUAGGAUUUAACACAGUGGAUUGUGCUGGGAGACAGGAAUAUAUUGUCUGCGGCCUUCAAAGCAGCUUGACAAGGUAAGAUGGCUCCAAUGCAUACAUUUAGGACGUGGGUCGGCAACACGUGGCUCUUUGGCGCCGUCCUAGUGGCUCCAUGGAGCUUUUUGAAAAUUUUUUGAAAAUAAAAAAACAUGGGGGAGAGAAAUAUAUUUUUUGGUUUCUGUAGGAGGACAAACAUUCUUAAUGUUUGCCAAUGCUGUAAAAAUGUGUAAAGUAAAUAUUAAAUUUCAACAUUUCUGUCAACGAAGAUUUGCGUCAUAGCCUGCGACACACGUUUCUAUCAGCAGGGCGGGAUGCCAGGUAGGUGGCUGUUGUAAACAAACCGGCGGCUGUGUGAUGGGCAAUGGAUCCCAAAGGGAAAAAGAGAAAAAUAACCGAAGAGAACAGAGAAUUAAACGUUUCUUGGAUCGAAUCAUUUGCAUUCAUCGUAUUCAUCUUACAUACCCGAUGUUGAGAAGCUGACCAGUCAUGUCCGUAAACGGAAGUCACAUUAAACUGGUAAGAACACAAUCCUAUCAUAGGUACAUAUUUAGUAACAAAGUGAUUUCAAAGUGAACUAUUUCUGAUUUUUGUCAGUAUAUAUUUGGAAUGACACUUAGGGAUAUUAUUAUGUUUUGUUGUUCGGGUCCGACUUUUACAGGCAUUUACUUUGGACAGCUAUGUAGGGUGGGCUUACCUGACCUUUGAACCAGGAAGUUCGUCCGGUGUGAAAUGCCUCGGGGCUGGAAUGUUAAAAUAAAGUUGGUUGGGGCUAAUAUAGGCUAAUAUAGCUAAUAUAGAUACAUACAGCUUUGUUAUAGGGCUUAUAUAAGGCUUAAUAAUAAUAAUAAUAAUUUUUGUUUUUUGUUUUUUUUAGUCCAAUAUGGCUCUUUCAACAUUUUGGGUUGCCGACCCCUGAUUUAGGCUUAUACAUCAUUCAUUCAGGCCAGCCAAUCACAAGGGCACACAUAGACAAACAACCAUUCACACUCACAUUCAUACCUAUGGACAAUUUUGAGUCGCUAAUUAACCUAGCAUGUUUUUGGAAUGUGGGAGGAAACCGGAGUACCCGGAGAAAACCCACGCAUGCACGGGGAGAACAUGCAAACUCCACACAGAGAGUGGAAUUGAACCCUGGUCUCCUCGCUGUGAGGUCUGCGCGCUAACCACACGACCGCCGUGCCGCCGGCUUAUACAUGCUACAUAUGAAAAUGUAUUUCACAUGGGUAAUUAAUUCAUGGAUAGCAUUUAAUUUGGGUCAGCUUCCUCCUUGUGACACAACAGGCCUCAACAUUGUAAGCUAUUGUUUAGCGUGUAGCGGCAUUCCGGGGAAUGUGCCAAGCAGGGAAUGCAGAUAACCACAUUAAGGAGAGUCGUCAUGUGCAGAGAAGUGAGAGAUAAUCUCGUGUCGGUCUGCGUGCUGGAAGCCAGAACGGAACAUGGCUCCGGGACGGAGAUGGCAGGAUGGCGACGUGAUAAAGCGAAGAAUGUGCUAAUGAAGUGUCGGGAGAAAAAGCUAUUUUCACUGACUGGCGUUAUUUACCAUGCGAUCAAGCGGUGAGUGGAGUGGAGUGUUGAUUUUGUCGUGAUGUGUGCUUUGUAUGUGUUUCCACAACAAAACAAUAGAGAAUCGAUGUCAGCUGGACCUCCCUGAGCUUAUCGACACCUCACAUCAAUGAGGCCGCCGUUACCCGCGAGGUCACAUGACUUGGGAAACCAUUGAUUGAUUCUACUCAAAGUUAAACUUAAUGUUGGAACUUCUUUUUACACUUGGACGAUAGCUGUAGGAACGUUUGAAUAUUGAAUUUGGUUAUAAAGCAAACUUUAAGCACAAUUGUUUGCAGUGCUUGACUUAUUUUUACACUUUUAUGACAGCUAAGUAUGUUAGAAAGUAAAUGAAAAAUGCACAUUUAUUUUGUCAUCAGUUUUCGGGCCAGUACACAAAUGACACUACAGUUUGCAGCACUUCUUUUUACACUGCAAACGUAGCAAACUGCUGCCGUCUUUUGUCAUCAACGUUAAGAUCCCAAACGUGUUGCAUCAGUAUUUCAGCAGCGGUUCACUUAUUUUUACACUUGUAGGACCCACAUUUUCCGAUGGUCACUAAGUCAUAACCUGCUUUUGCUUGAGUCAUAUUUAUUUUGAUUAUUUUUUACACUUUAAUUUGUCUCCUUUAUACUGAAGCCUUUUUUAUUUAAAAAAAAUGUUUUUUAAUCAAAAAAUAUUUUUAAUUAUUUGUUUUAUUAUUUAUUGUUUUAUUAUUUUUUUGCACCAUUACUUAAGUCAUUAUUAAUUUAUUGUUUUUUUUAUUUUAUUUAAGUCAAUUUUAUUUGGUUUCAAUUACAUUUUUAUUUUUAUAAUUUUUUCAUGCCUUUAUGUUAGUUUUGAUUAUUUUUUACUCUUUUAUUAAUUUUAAUUAUAUUAUAAUUUGUUAUGCUUUGUUCAUUUUAAUUUGUUUUUAUUAUGGGUAUGCUUUCAUUUAAGGCAUUGAAAAAAAAUUGAGUAAUUUAUAUUUAUUUUUUUUUUUAUUUUGUUAAACUCAUCAUUAUUAUUAUUAUGUUUUUUCCUUUCAUUCAAGUUAUUUUGACACUUAAAGGCAUAUUUAUUUUUAAUUUUGUAUACUUGAAGGUAAUUUUUUACACUUUUAUUAAAGCAUUUUUAACAUUUUGUACAAAUUGUCAAUCAUCUUCUGAAAUAAGACAUAAUUCCAUGUUGAAAUUGCAUUGUAUUUUCUUUUAUCAAGGAAAUGAGGAAGAAAAUGAUAACGGCAUGCGUACAAAUCAUGGCAAAAAGAGAAUGAAAUAUCAAAAAGAGCACAACAUCCGAUAUUUCACUUAUACGUAACAAUAUCCAUACGGUGUACCGAGGAGGACCAUGACUAAAACAUUGCAUCAUUUUGACACUUUGAUACGUAAGGAUGACAGGCCUCAUGUUUAUUUCACGUCCUGUGAAUCCAAAUUUAUGAUGUUCAUAUUUUCUAUAGGUAGAAUUGUUUCCAUAUCGGAACAUCCUUCCAGUUGGAUCGCCUACAGACAUCCCACGAGGGUCCCCGCCGUGGUUCCAGUCCAGUCCGGCAGCCCAGAAUCCGUCAGGGUAGUGUAAUCACUCACCAUGAGUGUCUCGAGCGCCCGACGGUACACGUGCCAACGGAAUCCUGCAAUCAUGAGGCCUAAUGAGUGCAGACGAGCCCACUCACCAGCUGAUGGAUUGGCGCUGAGCGGUCCGGGGAAUGAGACCAUUCAAAUUGCACGGCGCGGACCCAUUUCCAUGGAGAGGGGAAGAACUCACGGCGUGAUAGAUGGCUCAAUCAUCCCGACAUCUCCGCCACCCUCGUCCUAUCGUACCUGCAUCCGCCGAGAGGUGCCGCCGAGGUGCACCAGCUCCGUGGUGUGUCUGGACAGGCUAUUUUGGCUGUCCGUGGCGGCGCCGCGAGAAAGACGAGCGGGUCAGCAACACAGGUCCACCUUGUUUGUUCGCCUUUGCGCGUCUUCGGUUAACCGGCAGCAUGAAGCAAAGCAAACUUCCGGGAGAUCCGAAGCGGCCAUGUUGGACGUCAGCCAACAUGGAGGACCUCCCUCAAAGCAAUCAGGGCAAAAGGUCACGCAAACUAUGUUGGCUCGUGCUGGGAACGACGUGAGAUUGCUGCCAUUCCCGAAGCCGAGCCCGGAAAACAAGCCGAGGCGGAAUGCAGAUGAGGCAUCCCUCGACAGCCGCUGCCUUUUCCAUCACACUUUCAAUCCCAGCCCAGGAGGCUCUGGAGCUCUUCAGGCCAGACUUCAUCAGCCGAUCCCAGGGUCGAGUGAGGAGGAUGGAGCAGAGGGCGAAGAGGAGGAAGAGAGCCCUGCGGGUCCCGGGUCUGGGAUGGGGCGGGGGCACACAAAGGACGAAUUGCACCACACCGGAUCCACUUAGCGGUAAGCAGUGAUCCGAUAACCUUUUCAAGCCGAGGGAAAGGUCUAUAUCAGGCAGAGAGAUGCAGCGCAGGUCCAGACGGAUGUACAACAAGCUGCCGGAGGUGGAGAAGAAAAAGCAGGAGGAAGAGAAGAGAGCAUCUUGGCAAGCCAACAGACUGAGAGCUGAGGUCUUUAAGAAGAAACUUCUGGAGCAGAUCUUGCAAAGAUGAAAAGAUGAUGCUGCACUGAACGGCAAAUGGACUAAGGACAACUUUCCCUGCGGUUCUCAAGUGUGACAGCUCGCCCACUUGACGUCGGAGCCCGGGUGGUUGAAGCCGUACGUCCCCCGCAACACUUCCCCGCUACAGCUUCGCCUUGACCGGGUCUCCAUUCCGGUUCCCACCAUGGGAAUGUGGCGGAGGUGGAAGAACUUAGUUUUUCUCGUCUUCGUCGCUGUCAUCUGGUGCCUGACCUCGGCUAUCGCUAACAUUGACGGCGACAUUUACAACACUCUGGGGGGAAGUGUCACUUCCAAGGUUGAACCACAACACCGUGGGACCACUGUACCGCUGCUGCUGAUGGGCCAGCACACUAAACCACUCAGCCAACUGGCCCCCGGGGGUUACCCUCCAUCACUGCGGCUGCUGGUGCCCGUGGAAGGCGAGCAGCUGGUCCUGCUGCUGGAGAAAAACGAAGGUCUCUUUGCCAGCCAUUACACGGAGACGCACUACCAAGACGACGGACAUGUUGUCACUGGCGCUCAGAACGUGACGAAGAACUGCUACUAUCACGGGGAGGUGCAGGAUCACCCCGACUCUGACGUCACCAUCAGCGUCUGCUCGGGACUUCGAGGCGUCGUCGCGCUUGAGAACAAGUCAUUCAUCAUCGAGCCGGCGUCUGGCCAAGAAACGGACGUACACUUCAUCUACCGAGCCGAGGAGCUGCGACUGACCCAAGGAGACUGCGGUCACGGGUUCAACAUGUCCUCUGUCGCACCCGAAGACCACUUGAAGAAGCCCUUCCAGUCCUUCCAUAAUAGGCAUAAACGGCACGCGCAGAAGACGACCAAAUACGUGGAGCUGAUCAUCGUCGCAGACAACAGAGAGUUUCAAAAACAGGGUAAGGACCUGGAGAAGGUGAAACAAAGACUGGCGGAAAUAGCCAACUAUGUGGACAAGUUCUACCGAGCACUGAACAUCCGUGUGGCCUUGGUAGGUCUGGAGGUGUGGAGCGACCAUGACAAAUGUCCUGUCACUCAGGAUCCCUUCGCCACCCUUCACGAGUUCCUCGACUGGCGCAAAGUCAAGCUGCUCCCCCACAGGCCUCACGACAACGCUCAGCUCAUAAGUGGGGUUUACUUCCAGGGCACCACCAUCGGCAUGGCGCCCAUCAUGAGCAUGUGCACGGCCGAGCAGUCUGGGGGCAUCGUCAUGGAUCACUCCGAGAACCCGCUGGGUGCCGCCGUGACGCUGGCCCACGAGUUGGGACACAAUUUCGGAAUGAAUCACGACACGCCGGAGCGCGGCUGUGGAUGCAGGAUGACCGUGGAUCGCGGAGGCUGCAUCAUGACGCCCUCCACAGGGUACCCAUUCCCCACGGUGUUCAGCACGUGCAGUAAGAAGGACCUCGCCGCCAGUCUGGAGAAAGGCGUGGGCAUGUGUCUGGACAACAUGCCCGAGGUCAAGGUGCUCUACGGGGGCCAGAAGUGCGGCAACGGCUACGUGGAGGAAGGGGAGGAGUGCGACUGCGGGGAACCCGAGGAAUGUUUGAAUCCGUGCUGCAACGCCACCACGUGCACACUCAAAGGGGACGCCGUGUGCGCCCAUGGACAGUGCUGUGAAGACUGCCAGCUCAAACCGGCGGGCACCGUGUGUCGGGAUUCGGGCAACUCCUGCGACCUUCCCGAGUUCUGCACGGGCGCCGACCCUCACUGCCCCGCCAACGUUUACCUCCACGACGGCCACGCCUGCCACGACGUGGAGGGCUACUGCUACAACGGAAUCUGUCAGACGCACGAGCAGCAGUGCAUCACCCUGUGGGGGGCAGGAGCCAAGCCGGCACCGGGGAUCUGCUUUGAGCGAGUCAACUCUGCGGGGGAUCCUUACGGGAAUUGCGGGAAGGAUUCCAGAGGCUCUUUUGCCAAAUGCGAUGCAAGGGAUGCCAAGUGUGGGAAGAUCCAGUGCCAGGGCGGAGCCAACCGUCCGGUUAUCGGAACCAACGCCGUUUCCAUCGAAACCAACAUCCCGCUCCAAGAGGGGGGUCGCAUCCUCUGUCGGGGUACACACGUUUACCUGGGGGACGACAUGCCAGAUCCUGGUCUGGUUCUGGCCGGUACCAAGUGUGGUGACGGCAGGGUGUGUCUGAAUCGCCAGUGUCAGAAUGUCAGCGUCUUCGGCGUGCACGAGUGCUCCGGGAAAUGCAACGGACGUGGGGUGUGCAACAACAAGAAGAACUGCCACUGCGAAGCACACUGGGCGCCCCCGUUCUGCGAGGGGGCGGGCUUCGGGGGGAGCAUCGACAGCGGCCCAACGAGAUUGGCAGCCCACAGCGUGCUCAUCGCCGUGGCCGUCCUGGUGGCGACCAGCGGACUUCUGCUCGCCAGCGCCCUCGUCUGCCUGAAGAGGAAACGUCUGCUGCGUCUGCUCUUCACCAAGAAGAAAAGCACCUUGGAGAAGCUCAGAUCCAUCGAGGCAAAGAGGCCCACCAGCCCAACCAGGACCCAGUCCACAUGUAGACCACUACCACAGCGGAAGCCCCCUCCCAAGCCGUGCGGAACCAGCAUUUACAAGCCUUCUUCCCUCCUGAGCGCCGAGCCUCUCCUCCCCCAGCACAAGUUCCACUCCCACAGCCUGCGCCGCCUGCCGCUGUACCAGCCUCUGCAUAUCAGCCAGCCCAUGCCCGUGUCCCUCGCCGUGGGACAGUCCACCCUGCCUCCCCUCCCGGCCCGACAGAGACUGGCACCGGCCCACCAAGCUUUCUCGUCGCCAGUGGGCGUGCCGCCUUUUCUGAGUCUGCCUCGCCAGCCGGCGUCUUACCGACCGGACCAGGACUUGGACAAGCCCAGUCCUCCCCGGAAGCCGCUUCCUGCCGACCCGCUUGGAAGAAGCUCUCGCGUGGGUCGGGGCUCCCCGAUGGCAGGCGUGCACACGGCGGGGAAAGGACUGUUGCCCGUCCCCAUCCCCGUCCCCGUCCCCACUGUACCCAGGCCUCCACCCAAUAUCCCUUUACCCAGCAGACCCGCACCGGUGUUGCCGUACAGACCGCCAAAGGCCCCCAAAGACGGCUGUUGAGCCUUGCUUUUUUUAUUUAAAAGCACCAGGAAGCUUUCCUGGUUUUUGCACUAAUCACUAAAAGGGAGGCUCGGCGGCCAUUGUUUGUUUUUUUUUUAAGACAGCUGGACUGUUGUUACGCCUCGGUGCUCCACCAGAGGGCGGUGUCACACCACCGAAUGGACUUAACGUGGUGCGACGUUUCAAGUCACGUGACAAAAUGUCGGAUAUUGAACGCCUUGGAAGCUAACAGAGGCUAAGCGUAAUGGACCGGUGAAUAAAAGGUGCUCUUUUGUCCUCGCUCAGUUUGCGGCGCCAGCAGCUGCAGGAGCUCAGCGUACAGCUGGACUCUGGCGAGGAGCGGCGUGUUUUUGUCGCAGCGUAGCAGCUUGGAGUAAAUGUUCUUGUAGGUUCUCAGAAGCUCCUCGUCGCUUUUGCUGUCAACACACAAAUUCGUGUGAGGUUCUGUGCCAGAAAGAGAAGGUGUGCACCAUCUCACCUGGGUUUCCGUUUGGUUUUAGCCAUGAGUUUUAUUAGCUGCAGGAGCAGGUCGGAGAAGCGUGACUCGAACAGAACAAUCAGCUUCAUCACUUCCUGGAGGUUCAGUCCUGAUGUCGAUGAGUCGGAUGCAGCAGGAGAAGACGGUAAAAUAUCUGCCUGGCUUCCCUGCAGACGGACACAAAAGAUGGAUGACAGGAUUUCCGCAUGAAUCAUCUGGAAAGCAAAACGGGUCUCCGCCAUGAUGUCCAGAGCCGCAGUCAGGCUCUUCUGCUUCGCGGCGCUGCUGUUCUGAGCUGCGGUGACACAAAAGCUGUUCUUCUAGAAUGGAAUGGCCUUUAUUGUCUUUAUACAAGAUGUACAACGAGAUUGGAGAGCUGCUUCUUUCAGUGCAAUAGUUAAGUUAAAAAGGUAUCCAUUAAUCGUCUACGCCCCUCCCUCACCCCCCACACCACCGCCAUCCUCGUCCAUAGCCUUGUCACUUCCUGCAUCGACUAUUGUAACGCUCUCCUCUUCAGCC